UAAAGCAGAGCCGUGAAACUCCCGCAGGCCAAGCUCAAGUCCAGAACCCCGAGAAACCACCCCUGCCCCCACCCCAAAGAAGAGCAGAACAUAAUCCAAUGGCCGAAGCCGAAGAUUUGUUCCUGGAAACCCCAAUCCCGCAGCGGAAGACCGUUGGAGGGGUUCUCUUUCCCGCUGUCCUGUCCCCAAAGCCGGCCGUCGAGCUCGACCUCCGCCAGUUCAUGGAGGCCGUGAAGGGCCACAAGCCCCGGCUGGAGGCGCUCCUCCGGUCGAGCGGGACGCUCCUCCUGCGGGGCUACCCGGUCCGGACCGCCGCCGACUUCGACCGGACCGUGGAAGCCUUCGGCUACGAAGAGCUGCCCUACGUCGGCGGCGCUGCCCCCCGGACCAACGUCGUCGGCCGGGUCUUCACCGCCAACGAGUCCCCUCCCGACCAGCCCAUCCCCUUCCACCACGAGAUGGCCCAGGUUCCCAAGUUUCCGUCGAAAUUGUUCUUCUUUUGCGAGGAGGAGCCAAGAAGCGGUGGCGAGACUCCUAUAGUGUUGAGCCACCAUGUUUAUGAAAGGAUGAAGAUGAGAUUCCCAGAAUUUGUGGAAAAAUUGGACAAGCAUGGUCUACUGUACACAAGAAUAUUGGGGGAGGGAGAUGACCCUUCUUCUCCAAUCGGCCGUGGAUGGCAGUCGACGUUCUUGACCAAAGACAAAAGCAUUGCUGAGGAGAGGGCUGCUCAAUUGGGGAUGAAGUUGGAAUGGAUGGAGGAUGGUGUAAAAACAAUAAUGGGUCCAAUACCAGCCAUCAAACUUGAUGAAACUAGAGGGCGAAAAAUAUGGUUUAAUAGCAUGGUGGCUGCUUAUACUGGUUGGAAGGAUGCUCGCAAUGAUCCUGUCAAAGCAGUUACUUUUGGAGAUGGGACACCCUUGCCUGCUGAAAUUAUAGACGAAUGUUUAAAAGUCCUUGAAGAGGAAUCUGUUGCUAUACCUUGGAAGAAGGGAGACAUCCUUCUGUUGGAUAACUUGGCUGUGUUGCACUCACGGCGAUCAUUUGAUCCUCCUCGGCGCAUUCUUGCUUCACUCUGUAAAUAGAGGCUUUUUAAUGGGACUGGAUGGAGCAGGGGGCUGAACGAUCAAACAACUAGGAUGGCGAAAAUGUGAUAUCCAUGGCGACAUUCAAGAAAACCAAGAGAAAUUCUGAGGGAUGCUCUCCAGGUUAGCCUUUCCAGCAUUUGAUCAAUUCAAUGGUUGGUGCCACUAUAAAACAUGGUGACUGAAACAGUAACAACCAAAGUCCAGGCAUUUUACAGUCAUGUCAGAUAUACGCUGAAAGUUAUGUAGUAAUCUUUGUAUAUGCUGCAAAUUCUAGUGCAUCUUGCAUAAUCUUGCUGUACGUUUGUGUAUCCAUGUCAUUUCCUGCUGGCCUUUCAUUACUAUUCAUAGUUUGUUUCCA